UUCCAUAUAUAAGGUGUCAACACCCUCGUAACGAGGCCAAAGAGUCCAACACAUUCUACAAAUAAUUUCAAAAUUAAGGGUCUAUCUCCCUCUUGAGUCUCUCCGUUUCUUCUUCCGCAACCUCUUUCUCUUUGCCGAUUUUGGAACUGAUUACUGGAGCACAAAGGGAAAAUGACAGAACCAAAACCAGAGACACCCGAGAUACCACCAUCGUCCUCGAGAAAGCUCCCUGACUUCAAACAAUCUGUUAAACUGAAAUAUGUAAAGCUUGGCUACCAUUAUCUCAUCACCCAUGGCAUGUACCUCUUCCUCUCGCCUCUCGUGGUCCUCACUGCCGCCCAGCUAUCCACAUUCUCGCUCCAAGACCUGUAUGUCCUCUGGGACCAUCUUCGAUUCAACCUGAUUUCCGUGGUCGUCUGCUCCGCCCUCCUCGUGUUCCUGUCUACAGUCUACUUCCUCACCCGACCACGCCCCGUCUACCUCGUUAACUUCUCAUGUUACAAGCCCGAUGAUGCUCGGAAAUGCACAAGGCAGAUAUUCAUGGAGCGGUCCUGCUUAACAGGUUCCUUCACUGAUGCCAACCUUGAGUUCCAAAAGAAGAUCCUUGAGCGAUCAGGUCUGGGCGAGGACACUUACCUCCCAGAUGCUGUCCUCCGCGUGCCUCCGAACCCAUCGAUGGCAGAAGCUAGAAAAGAGGCCGAGGUUGUGAUGUUUGGAGCCGUCGACGAGCUCUUUGCUAAGACCUCUUUAAACCCCAAGGACAUCGGUAUCUUGAUCGUUAAUUGUAGCUUGUUCAAUCCGACUCCAUCUCUCUCGGCCAUGGUCAUCAACCAUUACAAGCUUCGGGGCAACAUAAUCAGCUACAACCUAGGUGGAAUGGGUUGCAGCGCAGGUCUGAUCUCAAUAGCUCUUGCUAAAGAUCUUCUGCAAGUCCACCCCAAUUCUUAUGCCUUGGUCAUUAGCAUGGAGAACAUCACCUUGAAUUGGUACUUCGGCAAUGAGCGCUCCAUGCUCGUUUCCAAUUGCUUGUUCCGAAUGGGAGGAGCUGCGGUCUUGCUCUCAAACAAGCGCUCAGAUCGGUGGCGAUCCAAGUACCAAUUGGUCCACACCGUCAGGACACACAAAGGUGCCGAUGACAAGUGCUUCAGCUGUGUGACCCAACAGGAAGAUCCCAAUGGAAAGAUCGGUGUGUCUUUGUCCAAGGAUCUGAUGGCCGUUGCCGGUGACGCUUUGAAGACCAACAUUACUACUCUGGGUCCUCUUGUUCUGCCAAUGUCGGAGCAGUUGCUCUUCUUUGCUACAUUGGUCGGAAGGAAGCUCCUCAAGAUGAAGAUCAAGCCAUACAUCCCCGACUUCAAAUUGGCUUUCGAACAUUUCUGCAUUCAUGCAGGUGGAAGAGCUGUUCUGGAUGAAUUGGAGAAGAACUUGCAGCUAUCCGAGUGGCACAUGGAACCAUCAAGGAUGACACUUUACCGGUUUGGAAACACCUCGAGCAGCUCUCUGUGGUACGAAUUGGCUUAUACAGAGGCUAAAGGAAGGAUGAGGAGGGGAGACAGAUUAUGGCAGAUUGCAUUUGGGUCAGGGUUCAAGUGCAACAGUGCAGUCUGGAAGGCUUUGAGGACCAUAAACCCAGCAAAGGAGAAGAAUCCAUGGAUGGAUGAGAUCCACAAGUUCCCAGUGGAUGUUCCAAGGGUAGCAGCUCUCUGAACUCCAAUCAAGCUUGAAUAGUUAAUAUUUUCUACUGUUCUGGGCCUGUAUUUUUUAGAUGAAAAUUGGGUUGAAAUGUUGAGUCUGUACUUUUCAGAUGAAAUUGUUGUUAGGUUGGGAGCUAUUGUUUUAGGAAGAUGGGUUUGGAGAGGUGGUGCCAUUCAGGAUUUUCUAUCUGCAGGAUGGUUGGAUUAGUUUCGAGGUGGUUAGGCUUAGCAAAAAAAUGGUUUGGAUCAAGAGGAGGUUGGGUAUUUUCAUGCUGACUUCUUCAUGACUUGGGGCUAUGGGGAUCCAUUGGAACUAAUUCACAUGUACUGGAAUGUUAUUCCUACUGUUCUUCAUUCGUAACUUCUUCAUGAUUAUUUGAUUCUCCAUAUUCGUACA